GCCUUGCUCUCGCCACGCCACGCCAGUGCCGCCCAUGGCCAGCCGCCUAUAAAACCAGUGGCCCGGCCACUCCCUCAGCCGCCAGAUAUACACACACCAUUUGUCAGUUGCCAGUAGCCACAGAAUCCGUCGCCAGAGCCCAGAGAGAGACAGAGUUCACUCCACACGUCGCCAGAGCCCUCCUGCCUUGUCCUGUUGCUGAAUUCCCUUCGGCUCGCCGGGAAAGGCAAUUCACCGCCGUUGAAGCACCGUCCGUCCCCGGUCGCUCGCCGCCAUGAAGAAGGUCGUGGUGAAGCUGGACGUGCACGACGACAGGCACAAGGCCAAGGCGCUCAAGGCCGUCUCCGGCCUCCACGGCAUCGACCAGCUGGGCGUGGACAUGAAGGACCAGAAGAUGACCGUCGUGGGCACGGUCGACCCCGUCGCCGUCGUCGGCAAGCUGCGCAAGCUCUUCCCCGGCGCGCAGAUGGUCUCCGUCGGCCCGGCCAAGGAGGAGAAGAAGGACGACAAGAAGGACGGCGGCGGGGACAAGAAGGCCGGCGGAGACAAGAAGGACGGCGACAAGAAGGACGGCGACAAGAAAGACGGGGACAAGAAGGACGGCGACAAGAAGCAGCCGGAGGCGAAGCCGCCCGUGCCGGUGUACCCGCCCUGCUGGUACCCGAUGCCGCCGCAGCCGCGCUACGUCGUCCACAGCGCCGAGGAGGACCCCAACUCGUGCGUCAUCUGCUGAUCGGCACGCGCCGCCGCCGCCGCCCAUCUCCCUGUACAUUUGGUCGCUGUCCUGUCCUGCCUGUCUUCCUCUGCCGCCGGCGGUUGGUGGUUGCUGUACUCAUAAGCCCACCUGCCGCAAGGAUCGACGGCGGGCGCUACACUUGCGUAUACGGCCGUGUAGUUACCAGUUGCACUGCAUCGAUAGGUGCUGUUUGUCUUAUUUUUGGGAAGAUGUCGACCGCCGGGAUGCCAGUAGUAUGCAUCUGCUGAUCAGUUUAUAGAGUGGGCACACCAGUGUGAGAAGAACUAUAAAGAGAAAGAACUUUUGAUAGUA